GCUUAGAUAAAAAGCCAUUUUGGUAGGCCGUACAUGGUGGUUUCAUAUUGCGCCUCGUGGAAAAAAACAUUGCUUACUGUGCGUUUGAGACGAGACGAGCCUUUUUUUGCGGGUGGAUAACUUUUCAGACUACGGAAGCCAUUUGUUGGAUUACGUUACUUAACGUUACGCAAUUAUCAUUAGCGCGGCACAUCGGUCGUCGUCCAUUGUUGACGACGCAGAUCCCCGUCUCGAACAAAGGAACAGAAGGCCGAGGCACUCUUGUUGGCGCGGUUUGAACGAGUUAUUUACAAGUAAUUGAAAAUUAAAACCACCCAAAGCCUUUUUUGUGGUAUAGUAUUUUAACUUGAGACGUCUUUUUCUCAACUCACCAUAGCCUUAUUAUUUGCUGUUGUGGUCAACUAGCGAGCUUACUGCUAGCUUUAGCAUUGUUUUGAUAUCGCAAGAAGUUUUAUUUUUGGGGCAAAAUGGCUGAAGUAUACAUUCGAGUAGCAGAGGAGGAAAAUGAAGAACCCAUGGAGAUACCUUCCGAGGACGACGGAACUGUGCUGCUUUCAACCGUGGCGGCUCAGUUUCCAGGGGCGUGUGGCCUACGCUUUAGGAGCCUUGUUUCUCAGUGCAUGCGAGGAGUGCGUCUUGUGGAAGGGAUCCUACACGCGCCAGAAAACGGAUGGGGAAAUGUCGUGUAUGUGGUGAACUAUCCAAAAGACAACAAGAGGAAGAUGGAGGAAAUUGAUGCCUCCUCUGCAGUGAAAAUGAAGAGAGGGGACAUGAAGACAUCUGACCUGAUCGUACUGGGUCUUCCUUGGAAAACAUCUGAGCAGGAUCUGAAAGACUACUUUAGCACAUUUGGAGAAGUCAUCAUGGUUCAGGUGAAACGCGAUGCUAAGACUGGAAACUCUAAAGGAUUCGGCUUUGUGAGGUUCACAGAGUAUGAGGCUCAAGAAAAGGUGGUCUCCCAGCGUCAUAUGAUUGACGGGAGAUGGUGCGACUGCAAGCUUCCUAACUCAAAGUUCCCUUUUGGUUUACAGCAAGGUCCAGAUGAGCCGAUGAGGAGCCGGAAAGUGUUUGUUGGUCGUUGCACAGAAGACAUGACCACUGAAGACCUACGGCAGUUCUUUAUGCAGUAUGGAGAAGUUACAGAUGUCUUCAUCCCCAAGCCCUUCCGUGCUUUUGCCUUUGUUACAUUUGCAGAUGAUCAGGUUGCCCAGUCUCUCUGUGGCGAGGACCUAAUAAUCAAAGGUGUCAGCGUUCACAUCUCAAAUGCUGAACCCAAACAUGGCAGUAGGCAGUUUGAUCGUACAACACGAUUUGGGAAUGGUUUUGGAGCUCAGGCGUUUGGUAGCAGCCGCAGUGGGUUAGGGAGCAGCACUAACAGUAGUCUGGCUAAUUUUGGUUCCUUUAGUCUGAACCCUGCUAUGAUGGCUGCUGCUCAGGCUGCUCUGCAGAGUAGUUGGGGGAUGAUGGGUAUGCUGGCUAGCCAGCAGCAGACAUCCACCUCAGGCAGUGCUUCCAGUGGAACAAGCUCUAGUAGGGACCAGAGUCAGUCUUUCGGUACAGGCAACAGCAACUACGGCACCAGCUCAGCCAGCCUCGGCUGGGGAACAGGGUCAAACUCCACAACCAGCGGUAGUGGGUUUAGCACAGGUUUUGGGUCCAGUAUGGAGUCAAAGUCAUCUGGGUGGGGUAUGUAAGUUAAGUGUUUGUAUGGUAAGUAUUGUGACAAAGAUGAGUCUUUUCCAAAUUUAUUUCUGGUGUUGAUGCGUAUCUGAACACUUUUGUGGGAGAUGUUUUGUACAUUUGGAAAAAAUGCUAAAGAUUUAAUUUAGGAAGUGAAUUGUUUACCAGGAUGUUUGACUAAAGUGCUAUUUUUGAUGUCUCAUUUGUUAGUGUCCAUUUCAACUGGAUUCUCUAAUGCAUGUAUUGUGAAAUGUGAUAACCAUUUUGAAAGUGCAUGAAUGUCUUGGUUCACUAUUAUCCGGCUUUGUCGUAGACUUAAACGGCAAUCUUGCAUUGGAAAGAAUCUGGUUGAAACCUAAAUGUUUUAAGUGAAACUUUAUUUGCAGUAAAGUUCUGUGGAACAGCCUUCAUUGAAAUCUCUUCUGCAGUUCACCUCUCUUCAAUUUUCCUGUGAGGAAGCUCCUCUUUGGCAGCAUUCUUGGGGUGAUAUCGGUAUCAUUGUCCCUCUUCCCACCUGUAAAUGCUAUGCCAUCAAAGAACGGCUUCUCUCCGCAUGUUCUAAGAGACGGUGGGUGUUUUCACUUUUAUCCACUUUUAAAUGGAAAGAACUGCGCAACUGACAUUUUAAGAACUGAUGAGUGCGAUUGAGGAUGGCUUGUGGCGAAGAGUGAAGCGAUGAGUGAGCGAACGGAGAGGCGCGUGAAACGGACUGGUUGUGCAGUGAAAGAGCCCAAUUUGACUGCUUUUUGAAUGUGUGAGUGGAAGCUGCAGAUGCUACGAGCGCCUCCCCUAACAUGGACUUUCUUUAAUUAGUACUUCAAGAUUUUUUUUUUUAUCUUUGCAAGUUUUUCCUUACUCUUUAAGUAUGUUGAUCAAGUGCAGAAAUAUCAAAAUGUAGUGGAAUGUUGUGAUGAAUUUGUAUUGCUUAUAUUAUCUGAUUUGAAUGGUGUGUGUGCUUUCAUGUUAUUGAACUGAUCUGUAAGUGUGUACUUGAUGUGGAUGACACCUGCUGAAGACUCUGGGGGACGUGAGUGCUAGUGUGAGAACGUGGAGUGGUGUGUCCAAUGAUUCCCAGUAGCUCUUGUGGUGUUUAAAACCUGUCAAAUGAAGGGAGUUCUAAUAAAGUUCAUUUGAAUAGAUGCUUA